AUGUUGUUGGACCAACUCAAACAUGGCUGCCAGUAUAAACGAUUUUAAUAAAACUACAACAUAGCAGGUUACAUUCAUGUAUCACAGUUGCUGAAUACAACCAUAUUGCAAGUUAACUGUAUGGUCAGAUUUUUUAAUCCGGUUUUAAACCACACUGCUCAUUUUCGAUUUUCGUCGCGCACACUAACGUUACAUAGCCGGUGAUGUCUCUGGCUAUACUAGCUAGCAGGGCAGGCUAGCUAACUAAGUAGCUAACUUAGCAACUAAUGUUUACAUAGUUAGUCUUACAGCUUGCGAACAUUAGCCAUAAACGUACAUUAGUAACUUCGGGUAACAGCACGUGUUUAUUUUCACCAUGUAUAACGCCGACCCCCUGACAUGGGGUUUAAACGAAAGCGAUUUAGAGUCCAGUUCUGAUGAAAAUGAGAACGCUGUUAAAAAUGACAUUUCAGAAAUAAAAGCAACAAAAACAGAUCAUGUGAACGAGGAGACCCCGUCAGAAGUUAAUUCCGAAGAAAAACGGAAUUACCAGACCACAAGUGUUGCUUCCGACGACGACUGCUUGCCUGGAGUUUCUCCUGACAUGUGGCGAAAAUUUAAGGAACUGCAGAAGAAAAACCAGGAGAUGAAGAGGAUGACAGAACGCAGAGAAAGACGACGGAGACCAAAGAAACGCAAAAAGACGGAUGAAACAGCCAGCUCAUCCAGAGAAGAGGAAAGCGAGCGUCAGGGAGCGUGUGAAGCGCACUGGAAGGGGCUGACGCAGUACUUCGGCGUAAACGAUCGUUUCGAGACCCCCGCCUGCGGCAGACCCCAGCCUCAGUCGGGCCUAGAAAAAAGCCUGGACUCGGCGAUCGCUGAAGGGGACUAUGGGAAAGCGGAGGACUUGAGUGACAGGCUCGCCACUCGAGAGCUGGCGGUGCGGGUGGCGGGAGCGGCGGGCUGCCGGGACUUUGUGGAGACGCGGCAGCGCGCGGAGGCCUCGCGGGAGGCCCACAAACGGAAGCAGCAGCUCCCCUGGGGGUUCGAAGCAAAGAGACGGUGGGAAACAAAAAGCAACAUGGGCUACAUGUGACAUGUGGCUUGGAACCCAGUAUGAUGAAGAUCAGACACAUCUCCGCUAUGGACAAAGCCAGUCCACAGCUACUGUUUGCCUGCAGUGUAUGCUUUCAUUUGGGCCAGAUGAAAGACAUUUUUGGUAUUUACAGAAGAUUCCAGUGGCUACCAAUGCCUGGUAUAGUUUUCAAGGGCUUCAUGGUCUGAAGCAAGAAAUUAAUGUUUUGAGUAAAGCAGUUUGUACAACGCCACAACAGUUUCCAAUUUCUAGCAUUUAUUCACAAUAAUGUAAAUGUCAGUUUUCAUAUUAUGUUGGUAAUUAUUUCCUCUUCUGGUUGCAUGGACCGUAGGAAACGUUUUGAACCGAAAUGUUAUUUUUGAAACUGUGCAGCCAUACCUUUGCUGUACGGUGUACAAAAACUGAAACUGGAAAAAAACGGAAUCAUCACUUCAUAUACUCAUCUGUAUAUAUGUCUCUACAUAUCUGACCUGGGUCAAAUACAUAAUUGUUUUGGGUUCAAAUACUUGAUUGAUCUUGCCUGGUACAAUUGAGCCAACCAAGAGGACCAGAAGGUUAUCCAUAGGUUCCAGCAGACAAGCUCAGUAAAGUGUGGGCAAAUAUUUGAAUCCAAAAUAAUUACAUAUUUCACCUACUGUACGUCUUGUACUAUGAAUAAAACUGGUGAAAAGGUUG